AUGUCCUCUCAAUUCUCCAACAACGACACCACAAAUGCCUCUAUUCCCAUUUCUAUCGAUCAGGCGCGCUCCUUCCCUCCAACACAGGCCACAGUAUCUAACGCCAACUACGUCGAACCCUUUGUGCGCCCGAUGUCUCCUCUAGUCCCAACAAAUGUGGGCCACAACCAAUGCCGCCGCAUACCGAUGCUCGAGGUCGACGAAGAUGGGAUCGAGGAUAUUCAGGUUACCUUGAUCCCAGCAAUUGGACGGAUCGAGGACUUGGUUCGAUACCCGCCGACGGCCUCCUUGUCGCCAUCUCCACAAACACCAACUAUCACACCGGUGCCCGACCAUGGUGAGACGAUGAUACCUGACUUCGACUUAGAAAACCUGUCCGGUAGUGCCCCGGUGAACGGGUUCGUCAUUCGCUCGCGAGAGGAUAUCCUUUGGCGUCCGUACAAUCGAACUGGUAGCUCGAUUGGCGUUCCACUUGAACGCACCACGACACUUAUUCCUGUCGUGCCAGACGAGGAGGGCUCUCCGCUGCCCCUGAGACGGCGACAACAAAAUCCACGGCGCCGACCCGUGUCGGGAAAUCCCCAAUAUGUCGAAUUACGUCCACCAUUGCUGCAUUCUGCCUCGGUCACACGCACAAGACCAUUGACCGAGGAGGGUGCGCUGGAGACAACGCUGCCGAUGCAGACGAGUCAGACUUCAGCACAAUGCAGACGUGUUGAGAAUAUUGGGCACUGGGUAGACUCCUUGAUUGAACAUGUUGCGCAAGUGAGAUCUUGGACGCAUCAGAACGGCCUAGAUGGGGUUCAGGAUUGA